GCCUUUUAGGUUGCUAACCCCUUGCUCCAAAACCAAAACAAAAUCGUCUCCAUGUGUUGUUAAAAUUUAUUUUCUUCUUGAUAAAAUCCCCGUGGUGUUUGCAAAUGCAUCCCAGUUCUAAGAAAAUAUGUCGUUCAUGCUUGGAGGACAAGGGAAAAUUGAGAUCAAUUUUUGCCACGAGCAGAAGGCUCGGAGUAACUCCGCUGGAAAUGUUUCAGUCAAUCGCAAACAUCCAGGUGUCCAAGGAUGAUGGCCUUCCUGGUGUCAUCUGUUACAGCUGCCUGUAUCGGCUGGAAAAUUCUUACAAGUUCAAAAUUGUGUGUGAAUCCUCUGAUUAUUAUUUGAGGGAAUGCCUUUCGCAGAAGGAUAGGGAGUCCCUGGAGGGAAGGGAUUCUAGUGGGAAAGAUGCAAAGAGAGAAUCUGGGAUUGUUGAGAAAGAAACCAAAGUAACACCAAUGAAGAGAGAUGGUUAUUCGAUAGCUAGUCUUAUGCCAGAAUUUGAAGAGGAGAAAAGUGGACAGAAACCCGGAAGGAGGAAGAGAAAAGGCCAGGGGAUUAAAUUGCCGCAGACUUGCUACAAGUGUGGGAAGACUUUUCAGUAUCACGGGUACUUGACUGCCCAUCUGCGAACUCACACGGGAGUUAAACCUUUUGAGUGUGGCAUUUGCAAGAAAAAAUUCGCUCAAACCGGAAAUCUGCAACUCCACAUGAGGACACAUACCCAGGAGAAGAGAUUUCAGUGUGAAAUCUGCAGUCGCUUUUUUACAACGUCCAGCAAUCUCUACGCCCAUCAGAGGACUCAUUCCGUCGACAGGGACUUUGCGUGCUUGGCCUGUCCGAAAGCCUUCAAAUCUUCCGGAGAACUGGCCAGUCAUGCAAUUACUCACAGCUCCGUCAAGACUCGGGUAUGUAAAAUUUGCAAUAAGGCAUUUGCCAAGACUUCGUAUUUGAAUCUCCACAUAAAUACGGUUCAUGUGGGCAUUAAGAGGCAUCGGUGUACGGAAUGUGGGAAAGAAUUCUCCAGUAGUUCCAAUCUUACUUGUCACUUUCGCAUCCAUACCGGGGAAAAGCCAUUCAUUUGCAAAAUUUGUGGGGAUAAAUUCAAUCAGUCGUCAGCUCUUAUUCGACAUACCAGGCAGCAUACAGAUGGCAAGAAAGUUGUUCCGAGGGAAGGGGUAGAUAAGAUGGGUAGUGCUGAUGGCUCUCGGAAACCCGGAAGCUACCCCGAAACUGAAGAAAUCCCCCAAAAUCCCAUUCCUGUCCCCGCUGUCACAUAUUCUUCGUACUAUUUGAAGCUCCAUGAAUCCCAGGAGACACCUACGGGAAUUAUUCUCUGUGAUCCACCUCCGGAAACUACCUAUGAAUUCCCCAAAGCACCCACACUUGAAUACAUCAAGAGUUACCCGACAUUUUCAUUUAAUUCUCUGACACAGUGAAAAAGUUUCUCAACAACUGGAACUGGAUCCGGAUUCAGGGCCAAAUUGUUCACCAGCGAUAACCAUUGCUUCCUGGGCCAUGGGCAUGAGGAUUUCCGUUGCAGCUGAAAAGAUGUUCAGAGAACCUUUUGUAAAAGACAAUUUUAUUUCAAUGAGAAUUCUCUGGAAAUUACUCAGUUUUCCGUAUUUCAUCCCUAAUUCCAUCCAAGGCUGCAUCUGUGACAUAUCCGGACCCUGAUCUUGUCUCCUGAUCCUCACUCGUUCCCCAAUGGGAUACAAACGUGCACUCCUGGCCAAGAGUCCCAAACAGACAAAUACUAAAAGUAGCCUCAUACCUUCCAGUCCACUGUUCUCUGUUCUCAAUCCUCAGUCACUUUUAUAAGUUCUUCUUUCACCUAAAAAAGCCCUGAAAUACUAGAAAUUGAUAACAAGUCGCAGCACAAUUCAGAAAAAAAACUCUAAUUAGAAUACUUGACAAAGUAUUGAUAAUAUUAUUGCAAUUCGUACAAUUUUUUCUUUUAUUAUUCAAUUCCGAGACAAUUUUUAUUUAUACGUAAAGCCUCUAUCUAAGGAAGUGCUUCCGGAAUGCAAUUGUUAUUACAAUUUUUUUUUUUU